AUGAAGGUAAUCGGUUUCGUUGUUUUAAUAUCCACACUACUGUUAAAGGUAAAAUGUGAAAGACCACACUUGAAUCCUGUAUUAUUUAAAACACUUUGUACUGUAUUGGUUCAAAAAGUUAGUGGAUUGUUGUUUGAUGUUGAAAGUAGGGGGGAUCCAAGUGUGAUGGACCAGAAACUUGUGGAUAGUGUAUCAGUGUUUAAAGAAAAGCUUAAAACUUGUGAAAUCGCAUGUAGAGAGAUUGACGAUGUUGUACUACCACUAAGGUUGGAAGAGGAAAUAUUUAUAAAUGAUGCAAUGAUGAGCGGAUAUGGAUUAAAGGGCAGAAUUGAUCUUGAUAAAACCGACAGGAAAAUUUACUAUUUUAUAGAUACUGCUUUCACAGCAGCUGUUCCACUUCUUGAAAUAAUAAAACAAGGACUUUUUGUGUGUAUUUUUACAGGUGAUUUUUCAGCGUUUCAAGAAAUAAUAAAGACCAUUGCGCCAAAUCAAAGUGGAUUCAAAAUGAAUACUACAAUCAUAUCAAUUUCCAUCACUUUAAUUCUCGUAAUAUCAAAUUACUUAUUUGGAUAG